UUUUUUUUUUUCUCUUGGAGAAACAGUGUAACCAUCUGCAUUUUUUUCUCCAGGUUGGGUUUUAAACGAUCCAAAAUUUUCUCUGUUUCCAAUUCUUGUUUCUAAUGGACUUCUUUUGUAGUUGUUAUUUUGGUACUAAUUAAUGUUAGGUUAAAGUUUUAGUUCAGGGUAAUCUCUGUUUAUCUCUACUAGUGGGUUGAUUCAUUUUUAGCCUACUCUUCUCAAAUUCUAGGUCUUAGACAGUGACUCCAUUGUUUAGUAUAAUGUUUGUAAUUUCAUUUUCUGAGAUUCCUCAGUUGCUAGAUUGUUAUUGUUAUGAAAUAAUUUCAAUUAUCAGUGAUCUUCAUGUGAAAUAUUUUGAUGAUUAGAUGUUGCUGUGCAUUUGUUUAAUCAAAAGCUUGUGUAAACCUUUGCUAAAAAUAAUUGAAGUCACAUUCUUUUCCCUAAGUCUUUGGCCAUUCAUCAUGAUUUCUCACAUAUGUCUCUAACAAUGGAUUUGUCAAUCAUUGAUUCUAAACUCCAUGUCAUUUCAUACAACUUUAUCUCUCCUCAACGAACCCAACUAGAAAAUUUCUUUUUCCUUGUAGAUCAUUCAUAUAUUAGUGGUGGUUGUUUGAAGAUAAUAUAUAGCCUCUGCAGCUUUAUGAAAGAUGACAAUGAGAUCAGACAAAGAUGAUGUGUUUGGAAACUUGAUAGAAGAGAAUACUGAAGUAAAGAUCCUGGACAACGGAAAAGAAACUGGAUGUGAGUUAUAUGGUUCAAUAAGUGAAGAACGGGUCAAAGAGAACGCUGGAAACAUGUCAGGACACCAUUCUUAUGAAUUCAAGAUUGGCCCUAACAAUGAGCGCAUACAGGAAAACCGUAAUAGUCUAGAGGACCAUUUGGUUUUCUAUGUGGACAAGAAUGUAAUGGCUCGCAAAUUGCCUGAGACGGUCAUAGUUAGUAACUAUGAGGAGGUUACUUUUAACAUUGUCAAGGAUGUAUGUGUCGAUGAGGGUGUGCCUGUGAUGCCAAACGAGAAACCUUUCGGAUCCAAAUCCUCAGACGACAGCAAACUCAAUCAAGAAAUCGUGAAUGUGACAGAACAAGUUAAAGAUGAUUGCAAAGUGGCACCGGGGGAUGUAGUAGCUGCUACAACAAGAAUUGUCUCUAAGGAAGCUUUAACCUUGGGAGAUAUUAUAUCAAUGGAGGGUUCCCAAAAACUAUCCAACAAAAACAACACUCAUGGACCUGAAGAAACAGAACAGAAGAAAACAGAGGAACCAAUAGCAGGGAGCUUGAGAUAUCUUUCCACUGAAAUGGAAGAAUCAGAGAAUCAACGGCUAAACGAUGUGUUUGAGGACUCUUCUGAUCACAAUCUCUUCUCAAGCAAUUUCCCAAACGGUUCUGGGGAAAGAAGUUUCUCUGAAGCAGAACCAGGUUUAGCUCAUAUAAGUUACUCUGGACUGAUCUCAGUCUCCGGAAACAUCUCUGUUCGAUCUGAUGGAAGCACAGUUAGCGGAAGCUCCUUCGCUUUCCCACUAUUGCAAUCGGAAUGGAACAGCAGUCCUGUAAGAAUGGUGAAAGCUGAGAAGAUUAAACCUCGAAAGGAGAAAGGAUGGAGACAUUACUCUCUUCUUCUCUGUUGUAGAUUCUGAUGGAGACAUUACUCUGCCUUUCUCUCAAAAUGGUUUUUUUUAACCUUAUAGGUUCUACAGAUCGUUCAAAAACACAGAAGAGUGCCUUUUUUUUUUUUUUUGUUGUUGUUUGGUUUUUUAGUAAAUAAUUCUCUUUUAGUUUCAAUUGCUUCGUUGUGGUUUUGAGAUUAAUGUGUAUUUUGUGUUCUCUCAGUUUCACGUGUUGCUUCAGACACAAGGUACAAAACCUAAUUACACUUUUGUACAGCAAGCUAAAUUUGUCGGUGACGUUA